ACUACGUAAAUAACGGUUCUAUUUUAGAAGGUUGUUUUUAUUAAAAAUCAAUUUCGUGAAUAAAAUAUGGCAUUAUUCGCGCUGCAUGUCGUGACUAGCCGAUGAAAAAACUAAUAGCUCUAGAUAUCUUGUAAAAAAAAUUCUAAAAAUAGUAAAGGACUUUGAUUCAAAAUUACAAGAAUAAUUGGCGGUUUUUAUACAUCGUGGGACACCUUCAUAAAUAAUUACGCCUAUUUAAGAUACAAUAUAUUAUAACAUGUGUUGGAGCCAACUUGCAAUUCAACCAUGUAUAGUUUAAGUACGAAAAAAAUAUCAACCCUGUUUGUAACUUCUUUACUUCUUCUUCUUGUAUUAAUGCUUACUGUGACUCAAUUCACUCCAAUAAAGUUCUUCAAACGAAACGGUCGUGUUUAUAUAUAAUAUUAUAUAUUUAAUUGCGCUUUUCUCUAACAACAUGUGUUGCUAUAUAACGGCAAGAAAGUUACCAUGAAAGAGCCGUUGCAGCUUUUCCUUAUCGUAACGGCGACACCCUGUGUACAGUUAACUCGAAAUUUUAAAUAGCGCGCCAACGAAAUCGCGAUGACGGCGCCGAGUGAUUUUUCCCUAAGUUUUUUUGGUGAAUAACUAGGCUAUCUUUAAACAUGCAUGAACAUGCUUCUAUUCUUUUGCUUCUUUCAACGAGCAGAAUACAUUGUGUCGAGCAUUUGUUGACAAGUAGUUAAUGUGAUUGUUAAUACGCCUCCUAACAUGAAGAGAACAUUAUUUUCUUAUUUCGAGCGCCUUGAUCCAGAAUCAGAACCAAAAAUAAAAAAGAAGGAAAAACAGAUUGAAAACACAGAGAAGUCGAACCUUGAGGAAAAUACAGUAGAACAAACUUUAGAACAAUCUGUAAAACAAUCAGCCGAAAAAAAUACGUCAAUACAAAACGAAAUUCCACCCUCGUUCAAAAACGACAUAGCUUCAGCCACAACGAAACUCUCGAGUAAAAAAAAUGCAAAUGAAAUUCUAAACAUCGUCAAUGAUUCGUGGGUACCACCAGCUAAUUUUUCGUUUCCGAAAUCAACCACAAAAAAUUUAUCGUUUCAAAGAAAAUGGCUUGAGGAAUUUUAUUGGUUGGCAUAUUCUGCCAAAGAAAACGGUGCAUACUGUAAGUAUUGCAUAGCUUUUGGCAUAAAAACCGGUGGAAUAGGCAAUGUAAGUCUAGGGAAACUCAUCAAAAAGCCGUUUAAAAGCCGUGUUUCCAAGACACGCAAAAGAAACUUUUCGAAACCACAAAAACCUUGAUUACCAUAAAAAAUCCGUUGUCGGUAUUGAAAAUUUACGUGAUAUUCAGCUCGGUAAAACUAAAUCUAUCGAUGAACGACUUGACAAGCAACUUGAAAAAACGAAAGAAGAAAAUCAUGAGAGACUGAAACCCAUAGUUAGCGCUGUAAUUUUGUGUGGACGAAAUUAAAAAUGGCUGAUCCAAUAUGGCGGACGAUCUUUCGAAAAUUUAAUGUAAUUCGCUUGAAACUUGUUAUUGGAUCUGCCAUUUUGAAUUUUAAAAAACUAACAUCAGAUUUGUAAUCAUCGACACCAAUGUCGAACAUACAUAGUUUUCUAAGAAUCUGUUGCGCCAUUAAAGAGGGCGUUAAGAAAAUGAAUUUGCAUGUCUAAAAGUCUUAAAUUCAAAAUAGUAUAACUUUUUUUUCAUUCAUCCUAGAAGUCUUUUAAAAAAUGGAUUUUAAAGCUACAGAGUAUUACUUUGCGAUUCCGUUGUGGAAAAUAAAAAAAAAAUUUACCUUACUCAAAAAAAAUUCAUAAAGAUGUCCAAAAUCGGCAUUUCUUGACUAUUUAACCACAAAUUGCCAAAAGUCCUGACGUGCUGGAGCAUUUUCAAGAUCAAAUUCGUUUUCAGCACAAAAAAAACUUCAAGAGACACUCGUAGCCGUUUUAGAAAUUGGACAAAAAUGAAAUUACGCAGGCCUGUGUAAUUAUUCAAAAUUUUGAAUUGCGUCCGUCGUAAUAUAAUUGUUUUUAUUAUAAAAUAAAUUAAAACUGGAAGAAAAAUCUAAUAAACUGCUAAUGCAUAUAAAAAAACAUUUUAGAGCAUGAUUCCAAUGGGGGGGGUCCGGACCCGAAACCGGCCCCCCCCGUGGAUCCGCCACUGAAUGCAAUAUAAUUUGUGGAAAAGCUGGAAAAAAGAGGAGGAAAGCGAAAAACUUCCCUAAAAAGACGAUCGCAGAAUUGUAAGGUGUCCAAGGACAGUCACUUGAAAUCGGCCAUACAAAU